GCCACUACAACUGGCGGUGCUGCCACGGCUGCCACGACGAGCGCUGGCAAAAUUUAAGAAAUGAAAUUCAAUUGAAAUUGAAAUUUUUAUCUCGUAUUUAGCGUGAAUCGUUUUGGUGUGAGUCUCGUGUGCUUUUUGCAUAAAUCCGACGGAGCAGCUCCUUUACAUCACAACUAAUCCCCUCGCAGAGACGUCACGCGUGUGAACAAAAAGGCAUAUGCGAAAUAUCAAAAAUACAAAUAAAUAAUAAUACAAGUCAAAGAAAGCGAAUCUAAUUUGAAACAUAUCGUCGACCCAUUUAAAGUGCACACAAUUGCAUCCAAAAUAACAUAGUGUUAUCUAAGCAACUAGCGCCAUCUGUGGGCCCGAACCGAAAGUUGUUGUGGAAGUGUAUGUGCCUGUGACUGUGUGUGCGUGUCUGUGUGAGUGCGUUUAAAAAGUGAAAGUUCAGGCGAGAAGCAUACUAUAUCCUUUUGCUGGGUCAUUUCCUUGGCACAUUUUUCAAAGGCGGAGGCGAAAACGAAGGCGAAGGCGGAGUACAUAACGAGACCGAGACACGCAAUACAUAAGCCUUACUAUAUAUCUACAACAUAACGUCGACUUUGGUAUAGCAUACACACCAAUACAUUCACAUAUAUGUAUGAGCGCGUGUGUAUAUAAACGCCAUUAGCUAUACUACAUCUAUGUGUGCGAUAUUUAUGCGACAACUUUGACAACUCAUAUUUUUUAUUACUACGUGAACGGUUGAGCCAAGAACUUGGCCAUACUAUACAACAAAAAAAGGCAACCCCUUGGAGGCAGCAUCGUUGCAGUAGCCGUAGUUGUUGUUGUUGUUGUUGUUGGCAUCCGCACAGCCACCGACACCGCCAUCGACAUUGCCACCGCCCGCAGCAGCAGCAAGCAUCACAUUGACGUGACGUAAAUGAACGAACCCGGCGAUAUACCAUUGACACACACCAGCACGCCGGACAGCAGGCCGCCCUGCAGCAUUAUCUCAAUCAUACCAAACAUAGGGAUGUCAUCAUGCCGUGGACGUGCCGAGGCAUUUGCGCGAAGCUUGUCCUCCAAGCUGCGCACCCUGGGAACCCAGGCCAACGAGGAGGGCGCCAAUGCAGAGGAUGAGCCCAUCAUAAAUGGCACAAAUACCAACACUUGGGUGAAUGCACACGAAUCCGAACAGACUGUCACCGAUCUGCAGCCGCUGCGCCAUGAGUCGGACUCAUUUUUCGACUUUGACUGCGAGCUGGAAUCGCCAGGCAGUCCGGUGGAUGAGUGCGAGUACUUGCGUCUCAUAGAAACCGCCUCGAAUACGCCACACAACUCCACCGCUGAGUCAGGCUACGCCUGCGCCUCGGCAGCCAGCAGUCACAGCAGCACCGAUGGUCCAUACUUUGAUGCUGCCGCCGGCAGCAGCAGCAGCAUCAUCAGCAAUAUCCCAGACGAGCUGCUGGUCACGAGUCAGCCGCAGCCACAUCCGCAUCGUGGCAAAGUGCCACCGGCGGAGCUUAAGGAGUUUGCCAAUGCUCUGCAGUUGAAUGGCACACACGAGUUGCUCACAAAUGGCGAGAAGGAGCAGGAGCACAAGGAAGAGGAAGUGAAGCAGGAGAGUGAAGAUGAGACGCUGUUGCAGGCACAAAUACUCAGUGAGCUGCAGCAGCAUUCGGAAACCGUGAAGAGUAUCGAGCAAGAGCAGAAGCUGGCAGCCGAGGAACCAGCUCUGCUCAAUGGACACAUAGAUCAGGCAGAGGAACAGCUGCUGCAGCUUGAGGAGACUGCAGCGAUAGCCACAGUCGAGGAUAAGCAAGAAACGGAGCAGCAGCUGGAAGAGCAAUUGCCAGCGAAUGGUUCAGAUGAGGUUGAUAAGUGCGAGAGCAAACUGACAGUCGACAUAGAAGUGGCGCAGCAGGAGCAGGCCAAGCAGACUGUCACUGAGGAGGACAAGGAGAAGGAGCAGGAAGAUGAGACGGAGGCAGACAAAGAGAAGGAGAAGACAAGUCACAGUCAUGGCAUGGACACCACAGACGACGAGGAUGACUGUCGACCGCAGCGUGUGCGUCGCUGCUCCUCACUGAAGACGGGCAAAACACCACCGGGAACGCCUGGACGCAAGAAGAUUGUGCGCUUUGCCGAUGUGCUGGGCUUGGAUCUGGCCGAUGUGAAGACCUUCUUGGAUGAGAUACCCACCAUACCGAAGUCAGCGUUCGAGGAUUUGGAAAUACUGGAAUCGGAACCGCCAUUGGUGCUGGGACCGAAGUCCGAUAAGCUGUUGAUGCCGCUGUUCCAGCAGCCAGGCGGAUUGGCCACAUUCCUCGAUGCGGUGCGCGAGAAGCAGGUGUCGCUGGAGAAUGCCGCUAUCAGCGAUAGCAUCAAUCAGACCAUCUCCGGUUCGGUGCGUGUGCGCAAUUUGGACUUUCAUAAAUCGGUGCAUAUACGCUAUUCGCUGGACGGGUGGCGCAGCUAUGCCGAUCUGCAGGCCAACUAUGUGGAGAACUCCUGCGACGGCUUCUCCGACAAGUUCACGUUCGUGCUCUUCGGCAACUCGCUGCAUGUGGGCCAGCGUUUGGAGUUUGCGGUGCGCUUUCAGUGCAAGGGUCAACAGUUUUGGGAUAACAAUUAUGGCGCCAACUACUGCUUCCAAUGUUUGCCCUCCUCGAAUCACACGGCAUCGCCGGCGACUGUGGUGACUGGCGCCGUGCCGACGCAUCAUGCCAGCAGUCUGGUCGGUAUGCUAAGCCCCGCAGCGGGCGAUGCCUGGUGCAAUUCGUUCUACUAAAUCACACACAACAAACCAAAUUUAGUAGCUAUGCAUGUUGCGGGGGAGGAGGCAGUAGACGACGCGGACGCGGGUCGUUGGGUCGUUGCAGUCAAUGCCAUGAAUGCCAUACGCCGUCAAUGGUUGAUCGAUGAUGAAGUUGUUGAUGAUGAUGAUCAGCACCUUGACAGCGUGUGCAGUGGCAUCUGCCACAACCAAAGAUCAGAAAGAUCAGAGAUCAGAUCAAUACCAAAAUAAUGAGAACGGCGUUAAUCCCCCAACCAUACACACACACACACACACACUCACACACUUACACCCACACACCCACACACACACACACACACACACACACACACACACACACACACACACACACACACACACACACACUCACACACUUACACCCACCCACACACACACACACACACACACACACACACACACACACACACACACACACACACACACACACACACAUCACCAACCUUGUAUGUACGAGUAUGUAAGGCAAAUUGUUUAUAUUUUUAUAGAGCGAAAGAAUAGAGCUGGAGGUAAACCAGAAGCAGGAGCAGGACAACCAGGCGAAUCAAAUUACAAACAAGCUACAUGAAAAUUAUAAACAAUGAAAAUGAUCAAGCAAAGCGCCAGCAGAGUGCGAAAGAAUCCCAAAGAUAGUUGUUAGUCUAUACGUUAUAAGAAGAGCAAGUGAUAACAAAUGAUGAUCAUGAUAAUCCAAUGUCCAUGAUAUAGCUAAAUCAUGCAUAUGAUUGCGAUUAUAUUGAAAAGUCUUUAAAUGU